GAGUUGCAUGUCGCGCGCGCGGUCGCAGCCGCCAUGGCGGUGACGGUGACGCUCAAGACGCUGCAGCAGCAGACGUUCAAGAUCCGCAUGGAGCCCGACGAGACGGUGCGGGCGCUCAAGGAGAAGAUCGAGGCGGCCAAGGGCCGCGACGCCUUCCCGGUGGGCGGCCAGAAGCUGAUCUACGCGGGCAAGAUCCUGAGCGACGACGUUCCCAUCCGCGAGUACCGCAUCGACGAGCGCAACUUCGUCGUUGUCAUGGUCACCAAGGCCAAGGCUGCGGCACCUCCCUCGGGCAGCGCCGCCCCCCCUGCGGCCCCCCCUGAGGCCACAGAGCCGGCGCCCGGGCCGCCCUCAACGGCUGAGGCGGCCCCCCCGCCACCCCCGCUGCCCCCCGCCGCCCCCCCCAGCGAGGAAAAGCCACCUCAGGACCCCCCACCCGUGGCCGCUGCGGAGCCGCCAGUGGGCUCUGGCCCCGCCCCCCCCAGCGGCGGGGGCCGCUCGGCUGACGCUGCCUCCACCCUCGUGACGGGUUCGGAGUACGAGACGAUGGUGGCCGAGAUCAUGUCCAUGGGCUACGAGCGGGAGCGCGUGGUGGCCGCGCUGCGGGCCAGCUACAACAACCCGCACCGCGCUGUGGAGUACCUGCUCACGGGCAUCCCGGGCAGCCCGGAGCCGGAGCGGGCGCCCGUGCAGGAGAGCCCAGCCACGGAUCCGCCCCCCGCUGAAGGGGAGAACCCGCUGGAAUUCCUGCGGGAGCAGCCGCAGUUCCAGAACAUGCGGCAGGUGAUCCAGCAGAACCCGGCGCUGCUGCCCGCCCUGCUGCAGCAGCUGGGCCAGGAGAACCCCCAGCUGCUCCAGCAAAUCAGCCAACACCAGGAGCAGUUCAUCCAAAUGCUCAACGAGCCGCUGGGCGAGCUGGGUGAGCUGGAGGGCGAGGUGGGCGCCAUUGGCGACGAGGCGCCACACAUGAACUACAUCCAGGUGACGCCCCAGGAGAAAGAAGCCAUAGAGAGGCUGAAGGCRCUGGGCUUCCCCGAGAGCCUCGUCAUCCAGGCCUACUUCGCCUGCGAGAAGAACGAGAACCUGGCGGCCAAUUUCCUGCUGAGCCAGAACUUCGACGACGACUGAGGGGGGGAUCACGCCGGGACCCCCGCCUGCCCCCAAAGCAGAAUGGAGCACCCUGCGGGGGGGAAACAACCCCGCGCCGC